AUGUGUCGCUUCAGAAAAGAUAAGGAAUCUGAAGACCAGUCUCUCAACUCUUCGUACGACGAGCAAAUUGACAACUUUUUCAACAAAGUCAACCAUGUCUCUGACCAUCUCGCCGAGAAGACAAAAAGAAUGAUGGCCCACACCAGAGAAUUCACUGCUGCAGAGAAGGACAACUGGUCUGAUAUGGUAAACUCCAUGCAGAAAGAGGUCGGCACCUAUUUCAACAAGCCCUACCAAACGAGAACAGGCUCGAGCGGUGUUGACUCUGCAGAACCUCAAUUGGUGCGUCCCUUCUCCUUCCUCGAUGUCUUUAAUGAUGGCGGUGCUGAGACACCUUAUGGUCUCUACUCCCAUAGCACUCCAACAGCUCGUGAAUACAACAAGUGUAUGAACAACAACGGAUUAUCUUUAUGGGACUCUAGGGGCACUUGGAGAUGUUUGUUCCCCAAUAGUGCAGUGCCACCCAAGUUCUUGGAUUACAAGCAGGCCAACUUAGCCAACCAGCUCCUUACCAAGGAAGACUUCGAAAGAGCCUCCAGUAACGUCCGCGCCGAUUCUAGUGGGGCCAUUGAUCUUGGUGAGAAGGGUAUUUUUUUCAAGCAAUUCGAUGAUUUGAUGAGAUGGAAGAACAUCGCCUUUGAGGCUGAACGUCAACGUCGUGAGGAGGCUCGCGAGGAGAGAAAACAACGUUUCCAAAGACGUUUUGAGAGAAAGUCCCCCGAAACUAAUUUAAACAUCGCUUCUGCCUCAGAAUUGCCACGGGAUGAUAAGCCAAUCAGUUGGAGCUCUGGAAGCACUACCACCACCGAUCCAGAGACUAAUCAAAUAAUCAUGACUGAGCACAAGACUGAGUACUUCCCUGAUGGUCUGUCUGUGACCAACACAGUCACCAAGAAAAAAGCUAUUGGCGCUUCUACUUGGGAGACUGUUGAGGAGAAGUCACAAAGAGGUGAUGACAAGAAGGGCUGGUUCUGGUCUUAA